GAUCGCGAGCCGCGAUCGGUUGUUGUUCGUUGUCCGUUGAGAUCGUCUAGCACCGAGGUUUUCGGGCGGUGGCCUACCGUCCGUGGGCCAUUAUGCGAUAGGAGUGCUCGCGAGCCAAACCAAAUAUUGAUACUGCAAAAGCAAUAAAUCGGUGGACGACAUCUCGCACGCAGCAUGAUUAUCAAAAAACCCACGGCCGAUCAAGCGUUCAUCGAGAGUAAUGUCGCGAAACGGUUCUCGCCACUGGCACGACAGAUGCUGGCCGCAUCCGGUCCGAUUGUGAGCAGCGCUGCGGCGGGAAUGACGAACGGCUUCUCGGCCAUACUGCUACCGCAGCUUCAGCAACCCGAUAGCCGGCUCACCAUCACCGAGGAACAAUCGUCCUGGAUCGCUUCGAUGGCCCCGCUACCGAUGGCCGCCGGAUGUAUCAUCGGUGGGCUGCUCAUGGAACGCUUUGGCCGCAAGUCGGCCCAUCUGCUGCUAAACGUGUCCUUUGCCAUCGGUUGGUGCGCCCUGUCGAUGGCCCAGAGCUAUCCGCAGAUCCUGAUCGGACGAUUCAUUACCGGCUUCAGCUGUGGACUGGUGGGACCCCCCGCUUCCGUGUACAUUGCCGAAACGAGUGAUCCGCGGUAUCGGGGUAUCUUGCUGGCUGGUGUUACGUUCGCCGUUUCCGGUGGCAUCCUGUUGGCGCAUCUGUUUGGUACGUUCUUCCGAUGGCAAACGGCUGCGCUGCUCUGUUCGUUGUUUAUGAUACUGGCCUACCUGCUGAUGCUCGUCUCACCGGAGAGCCCGUCGUGGUUGUUGGGCCGUGGAGAGCUCCAAAGGGCGGAGGCCGCCUUCCGGUGGUUGCGUGGCUAUGGACCGGAAAGUUGCAACGAGUUCGAAGCCAUGGUGGCUCGCAGUACGGUUGGCAGAAGUCAGGAGAAGGUGUCCUCGGAAGGUGGUGCUCGGUCGCAGCAGGAGGCCGAGCAAGCGACGAGUCCGUAUCGGAGACGAGAGUUCCUGAUGCCACUGGUAACGCUGUUCGUGUUCUUUGCGACGAUGCAGUUCUCGGGAGUCAACAUUGUGGCGUUUUAUUCGAUCUCGCUGAUGCGGACGACGAUCGGGAGUGACGGACUGAAUGAGUAUUUGGCGAUGCUGAUCGUCGAUCUGGUGCGGGUUUUCACGUCGUUGCUGGCCUGCGUGUUGCUGCGUUCGGUCGGACGACAGCCACUGGCGAUGGCGAGUGGCAUUGGCACCACCGUAAGCCUGAUCGGGCUGUCAAUCUUUCUGUACUUCCAAACCAGCAUCCCACUCUAUCGAAACUACUCGUCACUGUCGUUGAUCUUUCUCAUCAGCUACAUCGUGUUCGUGGGCAUCGGUUUGUUCCCCUUGCCUUGGUGUAUGACCGGAGAGAUCUUCCCAGUGGUGACACGGGGGCUCGGUUCGGGGCUUACUUCUUCGUUCAACUUUGUCUGCUUCUUCGCGGUCAUCAAAACCGGUCCGACACUGUUCGCGGCCGUCGGCACUAAUGGUACGUUCCUGGUGUACGGCGUUAUCUCGCUGCUCGGUACGCUGUUACUGUACGUUCUGCUGCCCGAAACCAAGAACCGUACGCUGGCCGAGAUCGAAGAUCAGUUCCGUGCCGGGCGUCAGCGGAGUACCAAAGUGUUACCGACGGUAACGACCGUGUCUGCAGGGGUAGCAUAAUACGUCAGCGGGAUGAGCUAUGAUUUAGGGUGCUUAAGAAAUCGUCUCAUUUGUUUGAAAUGUAACUAGGUGAACAUUUUAAACUCAUUCAAGUUUUUAGAGCAGCUUAAAACAUUUUGCAGACAGCAUUAUGUAGACAAUUAACAUAUUCUUAAUUCAUUGAAUCGCGAAACAUGCUGUAUUUAAUCGCAAUAUUAUGAUAAGGAUAGUAGUGUUCAUUUAGAGAAUUUGUAUACAUAAAAUUAACAUAACAUCAACUCUUAAAGAAACAAUUAUGCUACGCAAAAUUUAAAAGUUUAUAGCGAAACGAGAUAGUUUGUAGCGUUGAGAGUCCAACGUACUUCAUCAAAGGUUGUAUCGUUAUUUGUUUUGUUAUUUUAAAUAAACAAUUGAUUCUUUGUUGAAAGAUCUAAGGA